AGCACAAUGGAAGGCGCAAUACUGGAUCGCGACUAUGCUUGUUAAAACCGACACAGACUUAAAAAGCAUGGGGCUAUUUGUUUUCUUUUCCAAGCAAACUGAUCUGGUACCAAUUAUUCACCAGGCAGUUAUGACUUUAGCCGAAAGGAGUAAUGGGCUCGAAAGCGAACCGACAAUGUGUUCAUUUCUGAGCCGCAAGCCUAAGGGAUUCUGGAUUCGGAGCAACUUAAUAGCCGCCUUCUCCCCUCCCUCCUCCCGUCGCGAGGAGUUAUUCUGCGCUACCAGCGGCACUCCGCUGCCGCAUGCCGUUUAGCACUCACUGUGUGAUGGCAAUCACACAACGUGUGGAAGAACUACUGGGUUGAUUGGGUCUUCCUCCCAAAAUAAUUUGGAACCGCCUUUGGAGAUGUGGCUGCGUGCAUAACGGUGUGGAUGGGGGGUGAGCAGGGUCAUGAGGGUGAUCAUUACCUUUCAGUUGGAUUUUGGGGCUCGCUACCGCAGAAGGAAAGCGUUCUUCCCAUCAAUUAUUAAUCCGUCCCCGAAGCGGAGGGGAAGAGGGGGAGAUCACGCAGCUCCGGAGAUCCAGGUUUUGAACUGCAGUCACCGGUGUAUCAUGUCACAAACUGACAGUACUUCGAGACGGGCUGACGAGGAGGACAAAGGAGGAUGAAGGAGGGAGAGGGACCGGGAGAGGUAGAGGAGGAAUAUAAUGAAGUUGAGUGGGAAAGGACUGUGUACCAUCGUCUCCAGCACCCUUCUCUUCGUCUGCGCGGUGAGCGAAGUUGUUGUCGGGUUCAAAUGCAUCUCACUGGGCACCAAAGUAAAAGUGUAUUUUCACCUGUCGACCGCGGCUGGGGCUUUUUACUCGGGGAUACUGGUUGGACUCGGACAGGCGCUGCUGGGUUUUGCGCUACUUUGUUGCAAAGGGAAGCCCGGGUGUCGGAAUUUCUUUCUCCUGGGUAUUCUAGUGUUCUUGUUGGGAGUUCUCACCGCCUUCUCCGGAGCGGUGGUGGACGGGGACACGGUGUCUCUUGUGGAGCGCAAAUAUUCCCAUUAUUGCCUAGAUAUAGACUCUGUGGAAUUAACAGCUAUCUGCGAUCAACUGAAGGAUUAUCAGAGAAGUCUAGUCAUCUCGACCAUUCUUAGCACUUUGGAAUGCCUCCUCGGGCUUAUGAACUUGGUGAUCAUCAAAAGGUACAAAACAGCGCAGUUUCACAGACGCAGGCAAUCACUGAGGCAGAGCGCGGGGGCUAUCCUUUUCAGCGAGGAGCAGGACUUAAGCGUUUCCGAAUUCCAACCUGUUUCCUACAUUAACUUGGGGGUAUUUCAUGUGUUCGACGAGGCGGGUGUGGAAGUACAAUGCGGGGGGCACCCGUCUAUUGAGCUGCCGGGUUAUUCACCCACGGAUCCUGAGCUUAACCAUUCCUACCCUUUUUCUUACCCGCUCCCGAACGAGCAACCACCUGCGUAUGAAGACAUUUUCCCUGGAGAAGAAAGUAACAAAUAGCAACUCACUGAACACACAAAAAAAGUUGCAACAUGGGCUCUAAGUUCUGCAGUGACAAUCACUGUCUUUCCUGCUUCGGCCUAUUCCGUGCUUGGACACAAUCGUGAAGAGAUCCUAAACUGAACCGUUUUUCAUUUACAGGCAAAACAGCAUCGCCUUCUUCAGUUCAUGCUUAUUUUUCCUCAACAAAGGUAGCCGCCUCCUGGUCCAUUGGCAGUAUUAUGCAUCAUGCUGCUAAUGUACGAGCUCAUAGCCAUCCUUCAAAAUAGUCAAAAUGAAAUGGUAAUAAAGAAAUAAGCCAACAACAGAUCCAUAGACAAUAAUAUACCAUGCGAUUCCAGAUAUCAAAGCAGCAUUUGUGUUUUGAAUUCAAAUUGUAUCCACAUCAUGUGCCCACAUCUGCUGUUGUUAAAUUUUCCUUUAACAUAUGAAUAAACUUGUAUUUACUCUCACCUAAUGUUACCAGUUAUAUUAAAAAGCCAUAGCAAAUGGACCUGGAAGCAAUGCACCCAACAGGUCAAUUCGUAUCGUGCUUGACUAAGCAGGCUCACAAAGCCACAACUUUCUUUGAAAAUGUUUUUGUUUCCAUAUCAAACCGAUACAGUAGUGAUACAAAAGUUAAAUAUGCAUUCCUCUUCCACCUGUUUCACCUAGCUGUGCCAAAUGCGCUUGUUCUCAUUGUAAUAAAACCUAA